GUGACUCGGGCUAGUAAGUACGUCCGAGCGCCGCGGUGGAAUGAUGAGGUAGACUCGUGUCCAAAGUAACCAGUUGUUUGCUUGCAAGCCGGGUGGUUGUGGGGCCAGUGCAGUGCUUGUGUCCCACUCACUGCCUUGGACCUAUUUUGCUUGCCAGGGCUGAACCGAGCUGGAGCAGACGGGAGCUCCGUUGCUCUAUUCAAACGACUUGUGACACGCAGCAUGCAAGGGAGUAAUUGCAAUGACUGCAAGAUGGGCCGCCGCGAUGCUAUGUUUGGUUGCUGUUGGCUCGCCGCUCGCCACACCCCAAUUCAGCGCACAGUGCCUCGCCCGAUUCGCUUUUUCCCGCAAGAUCCCAGUCAAACACGGUUCAAGCCAAGUGGGAGGGAGACACACGGAACGGGGCAGGUGGGGAAAUCAGCGGUAUAUUUAUCCCAUCGAAACGAAACGAAACAUGGAUCAGUGAGAAAAGUCCUUUGCGAAUCAACAAGCGCCGAGCUGUGCGAUGGAAAUGGAAAAGAUCCUUGCGGCGGUGCGAUACAACUUGCUGCAGCAGACGCACGAUAAGGAAAGGCAGCGCAGAGCCCGGGGAAGCAUGUGUCGUAGGCACGAGUGUGGAAGUCCUGCUAAACAGUCGCUUGCGC